AUGAUGAGGUACCGUCGUACUACACGUACGACAAGCAAGGAGGUGAAUUUAAUCGACGUCGACCCGGACACGCCGUGGACGCGUUUCCGGGAAUUUUUAAGGACACCGCAUCUAAGGACAGUCGAUGACAUUCAGUAUCCCACAUACCGCGCUGCUUACGUAGCACGCCACCUUCUCGACGGUGAUCAGCAGUGGGACAACGCACUUGAGGAGGCCAGCAUUAGUGACAGUCCCAGUCGUUUGCGACGUCUGUUUGCCGUCAUGUUGGUGUUCUGCGGUAUUGCAAAUCCGCUUCUGUUGUGGGAGAAAUAUCGGCAUCUUCUGUCCGAAGACUUCCUAAGAGCUCCGAGAUGCACUACUGGAGAUAAUACUGAGGCAACUGAUGAGCGCGUUCUAAACAGUUGCCUUAGUUCACUUCAAGACAUGGUCAUUUCGAUCGGCGGCAGUUCUCUGGUGGAUUAUGGGCUACCGACUCCAUAA